AUGAAAGAAGUCAAUUUUGAGGCUACUUCUAACAGUGUACCGUAUUUGGGCAAGUAUGCUUCAGUUCCUUCCGGGACAGUUAACUCAUCCUGCACUACCAUUUGUGAGACCUUUGACGAGCUAACAAAUGAUGAAGGUGAAAAAAAUCACAACAUUCAAUCUUCUCUAAUGGAGGAUAACGAGUUUUCGUCAAUGAAUUACAAAUGUGUAAGCGAAUAUGACGUUUUUAACUUGGGCCUUGUUGACUCGAACUACUUUAACAAUAUUCCAAAUCCUAACCAAAUGAAUAUUUCCAACCAAAUGAAUAUUUCUAACCAAAUGAACAAUCGAACACUCAAUAACAGGGAGCUUAGUAAUAUACAAAUGAGUAACUUACACCUGAGUAAUUCUAACAUGAAUCACAUUGUUAGUGGGAACAUUGACUACAACAGCAGUUGCCUUAACUUUUAUCCCGAAAGUAUAAACUACUCUGACAAUCUAAAUGAUUACACAAAUGGUUUAAAUGACUAUUCUAAUAACCUAAAUGAUUACACAAAUUCUGGUUUAAAUGAUUAUUCUAAUGGUCUAAAUGAUCAUGAAGAGAAUGGUAUGAAUGAAUAUAAUGUGAAUUAUAAUCCUAACAUAGGUUCAAACUAUGGCGCUGAUAACUGUAACAAUAACACGUACACGGGUGACGGAAGUGGAUAUGCUGUUGAAAGUAACUACGUUAAUUCCGAGAAUUACCCGUGCAAAGAUGAAGGGUUCGGGUUUGACGGAUACAAGGGUGAAGAAAAUGUCUACAGCGGUGGUAACUACUAUGGAAAUGAUCUAAAGUAUAACAUGUAUAACAUGCCACACUUUCCAGCUGAUGAAAAUCCCCUUAACCCACGAGAUAACUCGGUAGAUAGUAAUAACUCCUACAACGUUCCAAUGCACUCCUCUUCCACAAUUAACCUAAGUCAUCCCAAUCCAAUCAAUACUUAUGAGCAACAGAAUAACUUGUCAAGUUAUGAUCCUCAAACCCAGAUGCAAAAUUAUGAUCCACAAAAUCCUAUGUCCAAUUAUGAUCCUCAAAAUCCUAUGACAAAUUAUGAUAACACAAAUCCUAUGCAAAAUUACAAUUGUUCGGGUUAUGACGCACAAAGCCAGAUGCAAAAUUAUGACGCCCAAAACCAGAUGCAAAAUUAUGACGCGCAAAGCCAAAUGUCAAGUUACAAUUGCUCAGGUUAUGAGGAGGGGAUGUACGACAUGAAUAACUACAGUAACAUGAAUUGCAUAUCUGGAGUAAAGUACCAGAGGACUGAUAACAGGUGGAUUGCGCGGUGGACAACCGCCGAGGGUAAGCGCGCCUGUAAGAGUUUCUCUGUAAACAUUUACGGGUUUAACCAGGCUAAAAUGCUAGCAAUUCAGGCCAGACAGAAGGGUGUGGCCCUGUCAGGCCGAUCAUUUUGUAACAGAGAAAGACAACAUGCGAUGAAGAGCGGGGUUGGAAUUAUUGGAAUCAGAUUUGAUAAAACCCAGGCUCGCUGGGUUUCUUCCUACUACGAAGGCGGUAAGAGAAAGUUUAGGUACUUUACCGUAAAAGACUAUGGCUAUGAGCAGGCCAAGAGAAACGCAAUAAUUUGGAAAAGCUGUAAUGAUGAACGUUUGGUUAAGAGGGUUAAGGAAGGCUAUGGCAUGAACUAUGGAGUUCCUAACAUUAUGCCAAACAUUGUUUAUCCCGUCGAAGGAUACCCUUACGCCUGCGGAAUACCAAACACUGUUCCCAAUAACCUACAAAUUAAUGCAAUGGAUCUUAAGGAUCAAAAGGAUAUGGAACUCGAUAAUCAGAAUUUCACAGAAAAUAACAUCAACGGUAACAACAUCGUCAACGGUAACACUGUCAACAAUUUUAAUGGUGACAAUUUUAGUAAUCAAGAUUAUUUGAAGGAUUAUGAUUACAACACAGAAAACAACACUGAACACAAAAGUGUGACCCAGAAUGAGGAGUUGGAUGAGGGAUACAGGACAAUGGUGGCUGUGAACAACUUUGGGAAUUUUGACCAGAAUGAGUCAACUAUAAGCUCUGGUAGGAACGACUACUUCUACUGCUCCGACUCACACGACGAAUCCGGAGACUCUGAAACCACCGGAAUCGAAUCUGACCAAUGCCAGGAAAGUGAUGAUGAUAGCGUUGGCAAUGGAAAUACUGUUGGCAAUGAUGAUAGUGUUGGCAAAAGUGUGGAUAGUAGUAAGGUGAGUUACGACGGAAAGAGGGGCAGGUGGGUUUCAAUGUGGCGUGACGAGGAGGGAAAAAAGGUUAAAAAAUACUUUGAGGUGCAUAAAUUCGGGUACAAAAAGGCCAAACAAAUGGCCCUGGCUAAUAAUAAACUAAUUUAA